AUGGUCAUCAAGAAUGGGAUAUUGAUGACAUGCGAUAGGGAGAAGCCAUCAUCAAUAUCGAAACUCAAAAAGAAAGUGAGGUUUAACCUAAAUGUGAAGGCUUACGAAGCGAUUUCACAUGAAGUCGCCUCGUAUCUUUCAGAGGAAGAAAAAGAAGAAGAAGAAGAAGAAGGAGCAAAUAACACCGCAGGCAGCUUGCACUACGAAGAGGACGUACAGUACGAAGACGAAGACGUAGCACUUGAUGAAAGUGAUCACGAACUGGAUGAUGAUGAUGUUAGUAGCAUUUAUGAUGAUGAUGAUGAUGAUAAUGUGGCCAAGAAUAUUCAAUUUCAAACAACUGAAUCGAGAUCGAAUCCUCAACGGUACGAUUCUUCUGUGCUUACUCCAAUUGAGAAUUUAUCUCAAUGGAGGGAAAUUAAAGCCAAGGCCAAAACAGCAGAUCUGAAGAUGCAGAAGGAGAAUUCAAUCAUCUCAACCAUGGAUUCUCAUCACUCUGAUUCGAAACUGAGGGUUAGUAAUGUAAUUUCAGUGGAUGCGAGUUUAUCAAACUGGUUGAGCUCGUUGGAGAAGAAUCCACUCAUCAAUUCAGGCCCAUAA